GCUGGGCAGACGCCGCGCCAGAGCCUCGGCGCAAGUGGCAGCAGGAAGGCAGCAGGCGCGUCGACAUUGCCAUCGAUUCGAGCGCGUCUACUUCGAUCUUGCCGCGGCACGUUGCCAAAGACCACCCUCUCAAGACUGGCGUGUCACCGCGUGUGCGCAAGACCGCCAGCAAGCGAAAGGUCCACGAGGACGUCGAGAAGGGGCUCAUCUGCGGCUUAAUGGACGGCGGCGACGUGCGCGCGAGCUGGGAGGUUGGAGACAUCCGCCGCCCGUUGAGUUCAGUGCGUAGGAUGGUCAAGAGCGGGGGCUGCGUAUGGCUUGACACCGAGGAGAACGGAGGUAGUGGGAUCUACAACUACCAGAUAGCGUGGAUCAAGAAGGCGAAGAAGGGUCAGCCGGGGGGCUUCACCCGGCCAACCGAGAAGAUGAUCGAGGACCACGAGGUGCCACAUCUUCCCUGCAGGUGCUGGCGUGCAGCGUGCGUGCUGGGGCGCGCGAAGAGCUGCCCGCACUUCGCGCGCGACAAGAGGGGCGAUGUGUACUCCACCUUCAGCGUCGAUUACGGCUUCUUCGGAGUGCCUGGAGAGGGCCUGGAGAAGGACGGGGCGGCGACCCUGUGCCCCGCGCGCGUUCUGGCGAACGACCAGGGCAAGCUGGGGCGCAAGAAGGUCAGCGCCAGGAGCGACCAGGAGAGCUCCAUCAAGGCAGCCACCCAGAAGCUGAAGGAGACGCGGGCCGGCGAGAUGGCCAUCGAGCUGGCCCCGAAGGGCGAGAUGGCCAGAAUUGGCGAGGCAGAGCGCGCGGUCCAGAGCAUGCACGGGCUCGCGCGGACUUUGAGGGGGCAUGUCGAGCAGUGCGCUCGCAUGAAGCUGGGCCCGAAGAGUCCGGUCAUCGCGUUGCUCACCGAGCACGUGUCGAGCCUGUUCUACAUCUUCAACCGCGGCGACGACGGCGUGGCGCAGUUCCAGCGGGUGAAGGGCACGGAGUGGCAGACGGCACUUCCCGCGUUCGGCGAGAGCGUGGGGUCCGAGAGGAGGGCGCGCCGCAAGCUGGAGGCGCGAUGGGGGAGAGGUCUCUUCCUGGGUGGUAAGGUGGAGUCGACGGAGAAAAUCUCUGGCGCCGAGAGAGGCGUCUACGUCGUGCAGUCGGUGCGGGGGGUGCCCGACGAGCAGCGUUACGACUCCGAGGCGUUGAGCAAGCUGAAGGGCCUUUCGUGGAUGUCUGUCUCGGACGGCUUAGCGGACGAGGAAAUGCGCGAGCUCCCCGGCGCGGCGGAGCUCGAGCCUGAGCGCCCCGAGGUGCCUCCUGUCCCCGCAGAGGCGGCCGAGCAGGUGAGGCAGCAGAGGCGCUACAACAUCGCGAUCGCGGGCUUGGAGGAGUACGGCUUCUCCGAGGGCUGUCCGGCGUGCCUGGCCACUCGCGCGGGCCACCCCAGGUCGGGCUUGUUGCGCGCGCCGGAGUGCAGUGACCGGAUCGAAGCUGCAGUCGCGGCCGAUCCCAAUCGCAAUUCUCGGCUGAGGGCUGCGAGAGCGCGGCGAGCAGAGAAGUGGCCUGCCGUGGACCAGCCCGCGGCGAGCAGCGCGGGCAGGCGACCCAGGAUACCUGCUCCUGGAGCGGCUGCAGGGGGCGCGGCUUCGUCUUCGAGCCGGCCGCCCCUGGCGCCCCAGGAGAUGCGGGUGGAUGGAGGCGCGGCCCCAGCUUCGGGUCAGCAGCCCCGGAUGGAGGUGGGCGAGCAGGGGCCCAGAGCUAAACGAGCCGCCCCGGAGGAGGGCGACACCGUGGAGGACGCCCUCGGAUUCGUGACUCGGCUCAUGGACGGAGGCGGCGACGACGGCGAGGUCGAGCGCGCCAUCGGCGCCUUGGUCGAGGUCCAGAGGGGGCGCGUGUUCAUGGAGAUCCGCGAGUCUGGAGACGAAUGCCCAGUGCCAGUAGAGAAGCAGUACGAGUGGGACGUCGACGACUGCGCUGGCCCCGAGGACCUGUGCGACCGGGGCGAUCUCUCGGGCAAGGUGUUGCCCGAGGAUUUGGCCCAGGAGGCGAGGAUGGAGGAGAUCGCAUUCAUCGACGAGAUCGGCCUCUUGGAGGUGGUGCCCAGACCAGCCGGCCAUGAAGUGAUUGGCGCGCGAUGGGUCGACGUGGACAAGGGGGGCGAGGUCGACCACCAGUUUCGGAGUGGGCUCGUCGCGAAGGUGGUGUAUGCCAAGAUGCGGCAGUGCGCGCUGCAGUUCUUGGACGUGAAGAAGGCGUACUUCUGGGCCAUGGCCGAGCGGUUGCAGUUUGUGGAGCUCCCUGAAGGCCACCGGCGGGCGCGCGGAAUCACAGGGGACAUGAUGGGCAAGCUAUUUCGUUCCAUGUAUGGGAUGCGAGGUGCCGCGUCCCUGUGGGAGAAGCUGGUGGCUGCCAAGAUGAAGGCUUUAG